GCCCUGGAAACCCACAGCGUGGCUAGCCCUGCCCGGGGUUUCCACGAGUUUCAAGAAUCCAGGCUCCCCCACCGAGGGCCCCCAAAGCUGUGGUUAAAGGUUAAUGGGCUCCAAGGGCAGCUCCCAGGGUUGGGAGGUAUAUAAGAACCCAUCAGAUCAGUCGGACACCAGAAGACAAGCAGAGAGAGACUCCUCCAGACCCACUCAGACCACACGCACGCUCUCCAAGAUGGUAUCCCGUAAGGCUGUGGCUGCUCUGCUGGUGGUGCAUGCAGCUGCCAUGCUGGCCUCCUGGACGGAAGCCUUCGUCCCCAUCUUCACCUACGGCGAACUCCAGAGGAUGCAGGAAAAGGAACGGAGUAAAGGGCAAAAGAAAUCCCUGAGUGUAUGGCAGAGGUCUGGGGAGGAAGGUCCUGUAGACCCUGCGGAGCUCAUCGAGGAAGAAGGAAACGAAAUGAUCAAGCUGACUGCUCCUCUGGAAAUUGGAAUGAGGAUGAACUCCAGACAGCUGGAAAAGUACCGGGCCGCCCUGGAAGGGCUGCUGAGUGAGAUGCUUCCCCAGCACGCAGCCAAGUGACGGCCAUGCUGGGGAGAAGGUGGACAGAUUUGGGAGGACUCUCCCGCCCAAGUGAGGCCCUGGGAAUUUGCACAGCCUGCCAGCUGGGCUUGGAAGAAUAACACCCUUUCCAAAGCAAAUCCCCCUCCAGCAAAUAAAGCAUGAAAUAUACAGAAAUGACUCUUAUUUAAUAUUUUAAUUCCCAAAGGGCAAACUAAGGUCGCAAGAAAAAGGCGGGAAAAGUAAAGCUCAGAGAAAGUUGGCCAUAAAUAAUGCUUACAUUAACAUUGUGUGCCUUUUGUGAGUUCUAAGUUCAAAUAUUAACUCAGAUCCAAACAACUGAAAGAGUACCACUCACUGGCCCUUCCAUUAUAGGUGAGGAAACUGAUCAUUCUUUUGCCCACACACCGAGCCAGUGACAGACUGAGGACUGGAAUUCAGGUCUCCCAGGUCUCGGUCCAUUUUUAGUUUACUGACACGCUCGAGGUCUAAUGGGCCAGAGAAUUUUAGGGCCUCUGCACUCAACCCCUUGCCAGGUAACUUCCAACCAGCCCUUUAACCUCAAUGAGCCUGUGCAAAACCAGGGUGGUAAUAUCUGCCUUGAGAUCUGGGAUGGAGGCACAAGCAAAGAGCAAAUUACUAUUAUCACCUUGUGACUAUCAGCUCCAGCAUCCACAGCAGAAUUACACAGCCAACCCACUUAUUUUUGCCUUCUAAACAAAACUGGAUGGGAAAUUUCAUUCUAAUUUAAUUUUACAUUAAUGAAUGUUCAUUUAUUUAUAAACUGGGGCCACAUCGGAACUGCAGCUCCCUCCAUCCAUAGGUUACCAGCAAUUAGACAGUGUCCAUUCUGCAUUUCCACCCAGGCUUAGCCACAGAAAGUAGUUACCAGAACAAGAACUCCAACGCUGAACAAGAGACCCUUGUUGGAGGUACUCUGAAUUCUCCCGAGAAACACUCAAACCUUCCAUGGGCUCCCACCCCUGCCACGCUGCACAUUCACACGCAUUUCCAGCACAUAUACCGAUCAACCCCUGAGCAGCUGCAGGUUCCUGGGAAAUGCUGCCAAGACGCCCGGUAAUAGAGAGAGAGGGCUGCGGCAGAAGGGCAUGCGGGGGGUGGCGGGGGAGACACAGAA